AUGGCACAGCCUCGGGUUGAGCCGGAGCGGAUAGAGCAGGUCGUAACUAGCCCCGUCGAGACCAUCGCGAAGGGCAUACGAACUGUUCUGCUUGGUCCUCCUGGAUCCGGAAAAGGAACGCAGGCUCCCAUGCUGGCUGAAAAGUACCAGUCUUGCCAUUUGUCCACAGGUGAUUUGCUGCGUGCCGAAAUGACAUCUGGAUCGCCUCUCGGGAAGAAAAUCAAGGAGUAUAUGGAUGAAGGGAAGCUCGUUUCGGAUGAUAUGGUCUGUGAAUUGGUUGACGUUAAUCUGAACAAAGAUGAGUGCAAGAAUGGCUUCAUCCUUGACGGAUUCCCAAGGACGGUUGUUCAAGCUGAAAAGCUCUUCAGCUCGACCACUUUGCUGGAAAAACGACGAGAACCACUGGAUGCCGUCGUUGAAUUCCAAAUAGACGACUCCUUGUUAGAACGCCGGAUUACUGGACGGUUAUUCCACCUGAAAAGUGGCCGUAGCUAUCACACCGAUUUCAAUCCUCCCAAGGAACCCAUGAAAGACGAUGUCACUGGGGAACCACUGGUCCGGCGUAGCGAUGACAACUUGGAAGCACUGCGCAAACGAUUGUCUGUCUACCAUUCCAUGACGACUCCUUUGGUUGGCUAUUACCAAAAACGUGGCAUUCAUACCGCUGUAGACGCAAGUAAAUCCAUGGCUGAUGUGUCGCUGAAAAUAGACCAAAUCUUCGCCAAGAUUUCUUUGAGAGAGCAUGCUCGUGUUUCAUUCGUGUGA